AUGAAACGUGAACCGAAAGUACCCCUUUUCUGGAUAUGUUUUAUCCUCACAACAGUUGGAUUUUUAUGUAGCUCUAUCGCGAUGAUUAUGCCAUAUUGGUAUGCCAGAUAUCCUCAGUCACACAGUCGUUUUGUGAGUUUGGGAUUGUGGGAAGUGUGUUUUGAGGGAUAUAUGUCAAAACGCAUAGGGAAUUGCAUGUAUUUUGGAUGCUUCUAUCUAUUUGAUGUAAAGAUCGCUCCCCUAUGGUCAAUUAUAUUCAGAGCUUGGUUCGUUGCCUGUCAAGCAUCUUACAUCUGUGGCUUUUCAACGUAUAUAUUGGCGGAAUGUAUUAUAACUUCCCAAGCUGUAAAAUUGAUUUCUUUUCGUGGAUCGCGAGCUGUCUUGUUUAUAAUGGUGGCUUUAUCACUCAGUAGUGUUUUAACUCUGGUUAGUCUGAUCACAAUGGGUGUAGGUGUCGACACUGAACAAAAGAUUGAAAAAGCGGUUAAAAACCCAUGGUUAGAAGAUCUUAGUCAAAACUCAUUGUCCUGGUCGUAUGGUUUAGCUGCAGUCUCAAUGCUCCCCAGUUGGAUUACAGUUAUUCUUCUAGGAUGGUUUGUGUAUCCCAAGAGAUCACCAUGUGGGCUGCUGUCGAUUUCAGCUUGGGAAUGGCCAACAGUUGAUGAUUUACAGUGUCGUUAUCAUGUAAAAGACUUGCAAACAGUUAAGUUAUCGUCAUACUCAAAUCCACAAUCAUCAUUUAACAUCACUACUGUAUCAGGUGAUCAGCAUCCGUAUUCUUAUCCUCCUCGUUCAAUAAUUACAACAAAUCAGACUACUAUCGACCAUUGGACGGAAUUAGACAACAAUAUCAACAACAACAAUAUUCUUCGUAAACCAACAUUAUUUCACAAGUCCCAUGCUCAACCUGUAUUAUUAGCAAUGAAGACAACAACCCAACAAGAUCAAGGUUGUAUCUCAGAUGCUGGUGGCAAGCUAAGCAACUAUGAUCCACGUUCAGCUGAUACAGUAUCUCUUUCAUCCUAUGAACAAAUACCCUUCGGUGUAUUAUACAAACAACCAAAUAUUCGAACAGAAGAUGUUAAUUCAACUGAAAGUGUCAAAGGCAGUAGUUUUAUUCGUAGUAAUUAUUCAAUAAGAUCAAACCGGUCUAAAUUAUCCUCAUUAUCUUCAAUAUCAUCAUCAUUUAGAAACUAUAAAUCUUCCUUAUGGCCAUCUAUAAAAGAGUGUGUCGAUGAACAACAAUUAAAGCACCAUCAACAACGACAGUCUACACUGAAUCCCAAAAGUCACCUUCCUUUAUUAGCUAUUGAAACUGACAAAUCAUUAAUAACUGAACAAACAUUAUUUAAUAAUCCAGAUACUUCAGUAUGGACUGAAAAUGUAAUUUAUGAAAAGCCGAUUGUACAUAAUUCUAUUAUUCAAGCAGCACGUCCAUUGAAAAAAAGCAGAAAAAAGCGGAACAAUCAAUGGAUACAAAAUCUUGCUCCAUUUAAAGAAGAUACAUUAAACUUUUCGCCCUUUUCUACAACUGUAAAUAACAAUUCAACACCGAGUACAUUUGUCCAAGUAGCUAAACCACUGAUUCGUAAGCGGUGA